AUGAGCACCCUAGCAUACACCAAUAUUGUCGGAACUGGUGCCGGUACCGGAAUCAAGGCAGCCACUGAUGUUGCGAUGGAAGCUGGAUUGGCCGAAGCGGGCGGCUAUCCGCUCAUCUCCGACUUUAAUGAUACCAGGUACAUUGGGCACGGCGUUGCGCACCGCGACCCGAGGACAGGAGAGCCACUGCCAGCCCACAUCCACAUUCCUACUGAUGGUGAACUGAACCCCCAGAAUUACGUCGCCUCAACGAUAGUGUAUGAGGACCCCGCCGAAGUUCAACAGCACACACGCGACACUUUCUUGCUCAAGUACAACAAGAAGAGCGCCAGCCAGUAUCGCUCAACCUAUUUCAAUUUCGUUGGCUCUAUCCAGUCUAAGCUGGGCCAGAAGGAGGCCGGUCAAAGAAAGCUCGAGCGUGCCAAGCUCGAGCGCGCCGCCUACGAUGUCGACCACAACGCGAUUCAGUUCUGCCGCGAAAGGUAG